AGAAAAAGUACUGCCAACUCAAUUUUUCCACUUAAAGUCAGCCCCUCCAUGACACCAUAAAAAGGAACACAGGAACAGACCACAGAAUGACAAUAUAUAAACCCUGUGAGAGAGCAAAUUUCUGUUCUGCCUUGAAACAGAAGCCACAGCGAUGAAGCUCCACACUGCAGCAAUCCUGCUCCUCUUCUGGCUUGGUGUCUUCACUGUGCAUGCGGACAAAGGGAGCGUUAGCAGUCAGCCCAUGCGCAAAUUCAGGUGUGUAGCUCUGUCUACAAAGCAGUUGAACAUCCGAAAUCUUGUGAGCUAUGAAAAGCAACAAGUACCAACAGAUGCCAUCAUGUUCAUCAAUGCGGGAGGUAUCAGGAUCUGUGUAAGUGCUAAUCAGAAGUGGGUUCAAGCUGCUAUAAAGAGAAUAGAUGAAAGCCGUGCUGCCAAACGCAAUAAUCCAAGCUUCUAAGGCCAACCAGCUGGAAUCAACAUCAGUGCUGCAAGUAACAAGGAAACCUUACUAUCUGCUUUUAUUUCCUUGCUUUUAAUAAAUGCCAAAAACUCUCUGAAAAAACACAAACUCACCUUCCACAGAGCUGGAAGAGUGUAGACUUCCCUCCUGAUGGAGAGCAGACUAUUCUACAUUGAGUGCCGGUUUUAAGAAGGUGCUGUAUAAUCUAGUUAUUCACCCUCAUAUGAGACAAACCUGAAACAAUUGGUUUGCUUUUCCCAUUGUUUUUCUUCAAAUAAGAACAAACCAUGGCUGGAAUCUGUAUUUCACAAACUCAUAGGAACUCCCUGCCCUAGACAGCUAUGUAUGUAUAAAUGUCUUAUUGUCUUACAACUGAUACAUGCUGCUAACAGAAGUCUUUAAAUUUUAAUAAACUUACUAUAAAUCUGAA